GUACGCUGCUGCUGUUGUUGCACCGCAUCACUGUCGCCGUCGCCGUCAAUCGCCGCUUACCGUAUUCGCUCGUUUUCUCGGACUGACUGACACGAUCGUUAUACAGUCGAUUACGGAGUAUAGUCAAGCUCUCGUAAAGCACAUCCAAUUCUCCAGCUCGGCUAGCCGAUCAGACCCGUCAGCAUGAAAUCCUCAAUCCAGCAAGCUCUCCUCCUAGCCGGCUUGUUCGCCGGCACGAAUGCUCUAAAGCUCCAAAUCGGCUCCAACUACGACGAAGGCGUAAAAGUCAACACCCUAAGCAAAACCUCCAACGCGACAGGCGGAACAGGCAGCGUAGCCGCAAACGGAAACUUGGACGGUUUCGGUGAUGUCGGAAUAGGUUGCGGGAUCAAUUGGACGAAGAAUGUGUCUUAUGGCGGUGGCCUAACAGGCGGAUCCUCCGACUUCGGUCUCGGCGGAGGCUUCAACAUCACACAAAACCAACUGAACGUUUCCGCGGGAAUUGGAAUUGAUCCUGCGAAUGCGAGUGCGAAUUUCGUGUUGUCUGCGACGAAAGAUGGGAAGUUUGAGUUUGUGUUUGAUGCUUCGAGUGAGACGGUUUGUACGAAUGAGAGGAAGGAUGGGAGGUUUGUGGUUAGUUGUACGUCGGUUGCAUGACGUGAUGUGAUGCGAUGUGGAGUUGAUGCAAUGGGACGAUGGGAAGGG